UCCAUAGUAGACAUGGGGAGAUUGUUUUGAUUGCUGGUCUAAAUCACUUUCUGUUUGAAGUAAUUAGUUGCAUUAAAUACUAUGUUCCUCAAUCUAUUUCCAUUUUUGGGAAUCAAAAUCUUUAAACUAGCAUUAAUACCCUAUUGUGUAAUGUUACACCCCUAUAUACUUUCACAAGUCCAUUGUUCCAACAUGGCAGCUUCACUUGACAAACUGUUCUGCAGAGAGGUUGAAUUGGAGAAUGAAAGUGUCCUUAAAGUUUACCAAUGUGAAACAGGAGAUGUAGGCUGUGUCGUUUGGGAUGCAGCAAUCGUCCUGGCAAAGUUUCUCGAGAUUGCUACCCGAAUUUCAGCCAGUGAUAGCCAACAACCAGGGAUUGCAAAGUUUUGCAAUGUCACACUUCACAACAAGACUGUGGUUGAGCUGGGAGCAGGAACUGGAAUUGUAGGAAUCAUGGCUGGAAUAUUAGGUGCAGAUGCAUGUAUAACUGACCUACAGGAAUUCGUCCCCCUCAUGGAUCUCAACAUCAAGGAAAAUGCAGAUAGAAUCCAAGGUUCAGUCAAGGCCUGCACAUUGAAGUGGGGAGAAGACAUCACACCCUUUCUUCCACAUCCAGACUACAUCAUAUUCUCAGACUGCAUUUACUAUGAGGAGUCGCUGGAGCCUCUUCUAGAGACCGUUUCAGCUUUGGCUGGAAACCAAACUGUAGUACUGUGGUCGUAUGAAGAACGCACAACAGGAAACAAGCCAGAGCUGCAACAGAGGUUCUUUGAAGCAAUCACAAAAGACUUUAGUGUUGAGGAAGUACCACAAGACUGUCUUCAUCCUGUGUACCAAAGUGAAGAUAUACAUGUGUUAUGCAUGGAAAGGAAAAGUUGAAACAAUUGAAGGAUCAAAAAUGUCUGAAGACACACCACAAUAUUAAAUGUAUGAUGUAUUAAAGGGUAGACCAUUGAACUUCAAAUGGUAUACUGAAUAGGUUCAGUUAAGUUGAACCGUGGUACUCAGGAUACUGCAAUGUAUUGGAAAAUGUGUAAUCUUCACCAUGCAAUGUUGUGUUAGCUUACAGUGAUAUUACUGUAACGCUGCAGUUAGCAAUGCUAUAAGUGCUCCCAGCACUCACAGUCAGAGCCACAUACAUGUAAUUUACAUUUUGGCUUACUUAGUAUAUGGUGAUGUCUGUGCCAUAUGCAUCCAGCAAUAUACAAAUAAGCAGAUCUCUGGAGAUUCUAGCUGUUAUACUUAUAACUCAUGCCUUAGUCUAGUUUGUGUCAAAUGCUUGUACUAACAUUACAA